GAGAGAGAGAGAGAGAGAGAGAGAGAGGGAGAGAGGAUGAGAGGAUUCAGCAGAUUGAUAGGGCAAUCUGUAUCCCGCGGACAACGAAGCUCCUUCCGCUCCCCGUCUCGCCGCCUCAUCUUCUCGUCUUCGUCGUCCUCGGUGAGCUCCUCCCCGCUGCGGAGAUCGACGCUGCUCUCCGGAUCGAGCCCUUCUCUUUCCACCGAGAAAUGGAGCCGCUUCGCAGGGCAGAGGAGGAGCAUGUUCAUCCAAACUCAGUCCACUCCCAAUCCAAUGUCUCUGAUGUUCUACCCUGGAAAGUCGGUUAUGGAAGUUGGUAGCGCAGAUUUUCCAAAUGCUCGCACUUCCAUGAAUUCACCACUAGCAAGAGCCCUCUUUGGAAUCGAAGGAGUUACUCGAGUUUUUUAUGGAUCGGAUUUUGUGACUGUAACUAAGUCCGAUGAUGCCUCUUGGGAUCUUCUCAGACCUGAAAUCUUUGCUGCUAUCAUGGAUUUCUACUCUUCUGGGCAGUCAUUAUUUCUAGACUCGCAAACUGCAUCUGCUAUGGACACAGCUAUAAAGGAAGAUGACUCAGAAACUGUUGCAAUGAUCAAAGAAUUGUUAGAGACUCGCAUUCGACCUGCAGUGCAAGAUGAUGGUGGAGACAUUGAGUAUCGGGAAUUUGAUCCGGAUACUGGUAUAGUCAAAUUGAGGAUGCAAGGGGCAUGUAGUGGCUGUCCUAGCUCUUCGGUCACCCUUAAAUCUGGGAUCGAGAAUAUGUUGAUGCAUUAUGUGCCUGAAGUCAAAGGUGUCGAGCAAGAUAUGGAUGCUGAAGAUGAAGAGCAAGCUUUGACUGGGCAAAUGGAGUAAGUCCGAUACGUCUGUUCUGGUCCUAAUUAUAAAACCGGGGAUGAUUAUAAAACCGGGGAUGAGAGCCGAGAGUAUUUGGUGCUCAAUGUAAAGUAAAGGGAGCUGUUUUGAUCACCCAAAUCUCAUAGCUGGAAGAUUGUUGAGAGAAUAGGGAGGCGAGGCUUGUGCCUGUAUACUUGUGACGUGGAACUGGAUGCUUGUUUGUCGUUCACGAGUUGGAAGCAGUUGUACCAAUUUUCAGAUCCAGCACUUGUUUCCAUGAGUUUCUGAUCAUGAAAUGAAGGAGAUGAUGGAUCGUUGCCAAGAA